AGAGUCUAGUGUCUAAAGCCAGGCCAAGCUUGAUUGACAGGUCUUACUGAGAUACUGUAUUCUCUAUUACUCUGCGCGGGAUCUUUUGGAAGAGCUCAGGCCCUUUUUCUGACUGCGAGAAAGAAGGGCGCGAGGUGACUUUUUUAUUUUUGGAGUCAUGGAGGUCCAAAAGCAUACGCAACCCAUGGGUGCAUCAAAACACUAGGACUUCAGUAAGGCAGCAUAUGGCAACUCAAAAUUCUCUUCAGAGGACCUUUUUUCUACGCAGUGCAUGUUUGGAAAAUGGUGUGUUGACACUAAAAUGACAAGAGGGACCAGAACAAAAGUGGAUUUGCAGUUUUUGACUGAGGAGCACCGUUUCUUUUGACUGGAUUAUCAUUCAAACGUCACAAUGAUGUCAUCAGAAAUCUUGAUAAAGCAUGGAUGUCGGAAUGACCCCGAGACGGCACAACCCUGUGGACAGCAUCUGCCGCAAGCUGCAGACGAUUCAGCGUCGAGAUCAAGAGGUUAACUCGCCUUUCCAAAUCCCUAAAUUCCAGUCCAAUAGCUACGACAGCCCUCACUCGGGCCUGCGCCUCAACCUGGAGGCCAUCCUGAAAAAGCGUGGCGUCCGAGCUGACGAAGACCUCGACUCCUCUUCAGGCAUGCUGACCCCUACAGCCUCCCUGGGGCCAGGAUCCAGCUCCCAAACCCCUCACGUUCCCAUCACCCCUGCCAACGCUACUUACACCAUCACCAGCACGCUGGGUACGUUAGGCACGCUAGGGGAGAGAAAACCAGCAGCUGCGACUUACAGCCGACCAUUUCGCCACAAUUGCUCCACCCCGGCAGCCCAGACUGGGGACCAUUACUUUAAUUUUACCCCACGUUAUUUACAGCAAACGCAGCUGGAUGGACCCGACACUGAGAUCAAGAUUGGGAAGCUCCAACCUCCUAGCCUGCUAUCAUACAAUCUGAAUUUUUCCUCGGACAUUUCCAACAUGGACAGUGAGCUGCAGUACCCGGCCCUUGUGGUUAAGAGACUUUCGUUGGGUGAAGGAUCUCUGUUUCCCUCUGAACCCAAGAAGGAGAGCAUGGCAGAGGUCAGUCUGAUUUGUGAGGAAGACCUCUUGGAUACCAUUUUUCAGGCCUGUGACACACAAUGCAGAGGCAAAGUUUACGUAUCGCACAUUGUGGACUUCCUGAGACACACCACCUGUCGCAGUUCAGAGGACAGCGGUUUAGAAGAGCUCUGCAAUAUGCUGGACCCAGAGCAUAAGGACAUCUCUAUAGACCUGGACACGUAUCAUGCCAUCAUGAAGGAGUGGAUUGAUGACUGCCGUAACCAGGGGAAGGACUCUAAGAAUGAUACCCAUCAGGAAUCAUUCAAACUGCGGGACAGUAUAUCAGCAAAGAGAUCUGCUUUUCUGAAUAUGACCUCAGGUAGCUUGGAAGCGUUCGGAGGGGAGGCCUCCAGAGCUGACCUAGAGACGUCCGAUCUGGUCUUCUGUGUGGCAGACCUUCAGCUGAAUAACCAGAAGUUGCAGGAAGAGGUUCGUAAACUCAAACAGGCCGUUGAAAACAUGGAGGACACCAACCAGAAACUCAUCGAAGAAAACGAGGAGCUCAAAGCGCAAGCCAAAAUGGGGCAGCAGUUACUACAGAAGGAGAAGAUGCUUAAUGAAGAGGUCGAGGAGAUGAAGUUGAGCUUGACCUCUUCAGAAGAGAGUCGUACUCAGGCCUAUGCUCAGAGGAAGCAGAUGGAGCGAGAAAACCAGAGUCUCAUAUCCAAGAUUGCUGCUUUACAAGAGGAGAACAUGAAAAUCACAAUGGAAGCAGAUGAACUCCAGAAAAAGAUGAGUGAUCUAUGCGACCUUAGCACUGACCUUCAGGUCCAAAUUCAUUCAUUUGAUGCCAUUCUGUCUGAGAAGGACUCAGUACUUCAGGAGAAAAACAAACAGAUUGAGGAACUGAAAGCAGCCAUUGUGGAGUAUUCCGCAGUCACAGAGCUGCUGAGGGCAGACAAAAAUAAACUGGAGAGUCAGAUGGUGAUGAUGCAGCCUGAUAUGACCAUCCCCGGUCUGUCACUUUCUGUGGCCUACAGACUUAACCAGACUAGUUCAGGUUCUCUGCAGACAGAGCUGGCACUGGCACAGAAUCCUUUGGAGGGCUUGGAGCAUCUCUCCUCGUCUGUUUGUUUUACGUCGUCCCUGGAUGAGACUUUGGAUCGUGAAGUUCUUCUGCUUCUCCAAGGCCCGACGCCAGAGCAGAUGUCUCUGGAGUUCAAAUCUCUCAUCAGCAGACUGAAAAGGGAAUUUAAGGAAGAUGGCACGGCCUUCAUCACAGCACUCAGAGGCCUUUCAGAGAGCAGUGAAAGUCAGGAGACCAACACUGACCUCAAGCUGCCGGGUCUGGAGGUGAAGUUUAAGCAGAGGAGGAGCGACUGGACCCGUAGUCUGGACCAGCUGGACCAGUACACUGACUCUCUGGAGAAGGAGCUGCUGAAGAUGGCCAGCAACAUGCGCCGGUCUCGUACCGAAAUCCUGCAUCUGUCAGUUAAGGUGCAAGAACAGGAGAAUCAAAAGGUGCAGUUGCGAGAGGAACUCGAUCAUCUGAAGACUCCAAUGGACAUCAGAGAGGCCAGCAGCCAAACUCCAGAUCACCUACAGCAGGUAGUGGAAGAGCUGGAUGGACCGUCUCUUGAAUGGGAUGAGGAAUAUGUGUUGUCCGAAUCACCUCCCUUGCAAGAGCUCCAGGAACUUUGCUGUGAUGAAGACGAGCUCCAGGCCCUGCAACAAGAGGAAGAGGACCUGACUGAGACCACAGAGGACCAGGAGAAGGUCCAGGAAGUCAUGGGAAGGGCUGAAGGAGAAGCUGAUGCGACGCAGGAUUCUGGGGUAGAGACCGAGGAGCUACAAAGACACUCUAGUCUUUCCCAUACUACUUUACCAGAUGAAGAAUCACAAGCAUCUCCAGUAAUGGGUGAGGGAGGAAUGCAGAGGCGUUGCAUAUCUCCAAAGGAGGAAGCCAGACUCCCAGAAUGCACUGGGCCUGAGGACGCCCACGGGCAGACUGCUCCUGUGCCUCACACCCACAUUCAGUGUGCUAAUGACCAGUCAUUGAUCUCUGAGAAUCUGCAGGAACAGGUGACAUCAGUCCAAGACCUCGCUUACCCGCCCUCCCUUAUGACCUUCGAAAUGGUAUCUCCCUCCAAUAGUCACCCUGAAGCAGGAGAACCUAUUUUCGUGAUGGAAAGGAUCCAGGAACUAGCAACCACCAUCAGCGGACCUGAGGGAGAACCCACCACAACCAACAUGAGCGACUCGCAGAGGUUAAGCGAGGGACAGCCUUCGGAAGUGUCUGCGAAAUCAGACAGGAGUGUCUUGUUGCCAGUAGUGGAGGAAGAGGAGGCCAUGCCAGAGGUGGCAGGGGGGAAGUCACCAGACAAAAACAAGUCGGACAGUAAAGAAACGGUGGCACCACCUACUUCAAACUCCACGACUUCCCCAUCAAAAGAUCCUUCUGACAAAGCAAAGGAUGUGACCCCCAAGCCAACAGUGAAUGGAAGUGAUCUUCCAAAAGUCCCCGCUGCGCAAGACUCCAAAAUAGACCUCCUGGCUUUGAAGAACAAGCUCAAGGAGGAAGUGACCCCCAGUAUGGAUGCUGCUGAGAAGCCAAAAGCUCAAGAGGGCAGUGUGACUGCAGUUGCCACAGAAAAGGGCGAUACAUCUGUUGCGUCUGAGACUGCCACCAACGAUGACAAGAACAGCAUGUCGCAAAAUGACAAAGAGAUGGAGGCGGAGUUCCACCGGCUAUCUCUAGGCUUCAAAUGUGACAUGUUCACCCUGGAAAAGAGGCUUCGAUUGGAGGAGCGUUCACGAGAUCUGGCCGAGGAGAAUGUUCGUAAGGAAGUUACCAGCUGUCAAGGGCUGCUUCAGGCCCUGAUCCCACGAUGUGAGGAGGACAACCAGUCCUUGGAGAUCAUUCAACGCUUGCAGAAGAACCUGGAGGUCCUUGUUCAGUCCAUGACCAGAGUGUCUAGCCGUUCAGAGAUGCUCGGGGCCAUUCAUCAGGAGAGCAGGGUGGGUAAAUCCGUGGAGGUGAUGAUUCAGCAUGUGGAGAACCUGAAGAGGAUGCACACCAAGGAGCAUACGGAGCUAUUGGAGCUUAGGGAGAACGUUUCGCCGAACGAGAGGUCGUUUGUGUCCCAAAAUGAAAGGGAGGAUUUUAGAAACAAGAAGUCAACCGCACAACUUUUCAAAGUCACUAGCCGACGCAUUAGUAUAGCUACCCUUCCCCGCAGCGGUGCAGGACACGCUCACUUUGACACGACCAAAGACACAGCAGAGACAGAGCCCGACAGACUUUCCCACAGGACACCAAGGCAUAUGGCAGCAGGCAAGAGGCCACCGCUUAGGCGCUUCAUUAGUUCUGGUACUUGGGCCGACAUUGACGAGCCCGUUCUGAUGAAUAGGUAUGGAAGCGACACAGACUCUCACUCAGAGGAGGAGCGGAAGGAGGAACUAUAGGAGAACCGGCGGGCUAGCAUAACACAACUAAUUACCUCCUUCAUAUUGCCAGGCCAAACGUUAGUGGACCGGUCGCCUCCAUGUAUCUCCGUUUACUUUUCUGCUUCAGAUUUUCACUGCUCCAAAUCGAGGGUUUCCUGUUUAUAUCGUUUCCGCUGCUGGCUCACCAAGGUUUGGCAAAUCAAAGCAGCUAUGAAAAGCACACCUGUGAAGUUUGCCGGCUUUGCUUUUUUCUUCAACACAAUGAAGUAAACACACUGCAUGUAUUCAGCUAUGUUUUAAACCAUCUAAACAGCCCAACUGUGGUUUCAUAACAAUUAGACAUGCAGUCUGCUCAAGAGACUCAAGUUGAAUUGUUUUCUCUCCACAAUGGUGGACCAUUAUGUUCAGUUAGGCAAUGUAUUCUGAUCCCACAGUUGUGAGCUGACAAUCUCUUUUCUUAAAAACACAGCACUCCGGACUUGUUCAAACCUUUAAAAUGUUUAUCUUGUUUAUCUGUUGUCUUCCCGCUGUAAGAUAUAUUCUCUAUGAUAUCAGUUCUUGUGCACAAAAAUGCUUGCAGUAACUGCUGUUAUCUUUCACAUUCACUCCCGUCUUAGCCAUCUUUAAAUGCAGAUCCAAAAAUCAUCUCUAUUAUUAUCUGCACUGCGUUGUGUUAUACAUGCUACAAAUGUUAAUUUGGCUUUGUUGAUUGGAGACCAGCUUUGUAUGUUUUAUAACUUAUAGGGCCCAAAAAACACACUAAGUAUGAGCAAGAAUACUUGGAAGCUAUACAACCUAUUUCAUGUUUUGCCUUUUAAAACGUGUAGGAGCACAACCCAUGCAAGUACAAUGAAUUCUCAGUAUUGCCAAGGGGUGCUAUUGAGCACUUGCAUAAACUAUGUGCUUAGAUUUUUCUUUAGUAGAUCUUGCUAUUUGAUUAAUAACUACUUCAACUUAACUGUAUUGUAAUUUUAAGCAUUACAAUUGUUACAACCACAGUAACGCAAAAACAUGCUGUUUGUAAUGGAUUCGCGUCUGCACACAUUUUUUCUUGGAGUAUGUUUCGGCCUAAGAAUGAAUGUAUACAUAUUUGUCUCUCCAGCAGACAUUUCUACAUGAUUACAAUAACAAUGAACUCUUUCCUUUCUGGUUUAGCCCAAAACACCCAUCGCUAAAUGUAUUUUGUUGCUUUUUUAUAAAUUUCUUACUUUUCAUCUUAGCCCUAGUCCCAGCCCAACAGAACGAGCUCCGCCCAGCUUGACGGAGGUGAGACCCGCUGUGACCAGAGGCACCAGGAGCUUUUGGAUAUGGUUGGCUUUGUUUGUAGUGCUAGCUACU